AGGAAAAAAGAUCUAGUUACAUAAAAAAGAAUUAGUAUUGUUCUAAAUUGUUUCGAAACAUCAUGUCUUUUGUAAAAAAUUUGAUUGUUUUCUGUUCAUUAUGGUUGAGUGUAUCAAGUUUUGAAUCUAAAUCAGAAUGUAACUACUUAUUUAACACGUCCUACGUAUGCUUUAAUAUAACUUCGCUAGGAGUAUUAGAUAAAUCUCCAAUAAAUGUUACAUCUAUCAAAAUCUCAGAAUCAAAUCUUGUUAACAUACCAGGAUAUACUUUUGUCAAAUUUGGACAAACACUUUUAUCAUUAGAUCUCCAUAAGUCAGGGAUAAAUGCCAUUGAAACAAAUGCAUUUUUUGGUUUAGCUUAUUUAGAAAAACUUGUGCUAUGGGGAAAUAAUUUAGUACGUGUAUCAGCUGAGUGGUUUAUUUAUCCAACCAAUAUUCGGCACUUGGAUCUAUCAUUCAAUCAAAUCAAUGAUGUGAUGGACGUUAAUUUUUUUUAUUUACUUCCGCGUUUGGAGAAUUUAUAUCUGGACAACAACAAGUUAAUGACAAUUGAUUACAAUGUAUUUUACUUGAUGCCAUACUUAAAAAAUGUUCAGAUUGGAAACAAUCCAUGGCAAUGGAAGUAUCGAAUUUUACUAAUGUGGAAUUUAAAUAACAAAAUGGUAGCAAAUGAUGAAAUUUGGGAUGAUUGGGAAUGGAUAUCUCAUGCUGUUCGGCAAUGUAAAGAAGAAAAUCAUGACCUAUUGAUUGAAAACAAUGUACUGUAUUGUGCAUUUCGAAAUAUUCUUGACUUUUUAAUAACUCAAAUGAGUCACACCAAUAGUACAAGCAUGAUAAGUUCACAACCAGUUUAUAGUGAACACUCUGCAAAAGCCUUGAAAAUGACUCAAUGUUUUAAAAAUGCCAUUCGUAAAGAUAAUUCUGAAGCCAUCAUGACUGCAGUAAAAGCUUCUUUGAAAAACAUGAUUUUAAUGGAUCCAACACAAAAUUUUCAUACUUACUCAUGAACUUUAAAUACUAUUUUAUGAAACACUUAACAUUUAUAUUCAAUAAUAUAUUUGUGAUUAAAAAAUAAAUUUAUGUAU